AUGCGUCGCCAAGCCAUCUCGGAAGCGACGUGCCAUCGCCCGAUUCUGGACCAAGUCGUCGGUAGCUGCUUUGGACUGAAGAAUGCACAGGCUGAUCCAAAUCGGCAGCGGCUGUAUGGCGAAAAACAACUUCGCCAGCAAGCGGCCAAGAAAGCGGAACCUGGCGCCUCACAUACGAAGGGCUGUUGGAACACAUACGAAGGGCUGUUGGAAGUGUGCGGUUCAAAGAAGCCGCAAGUCGCUGCUGUGGCAACGCCGGACAGUAGAGGCGAGGUCAAGCCUAAGGUGGUGGGUGCGGCCGCCGAUAUGGAUGAAGCGACGGCGGCGCCGGUACUGCGCACGUUAGAAUGCGCUAUCAACGGACUCAAGGCGACGACGCUACUAGACAUUGGUGCCGACCAAUCUUUGGACACCGCCAUCGAGCUGGGCGGUUUCCUCGAAUGCAUGAAGCUCCAAGUGGACCGCGACGUCAAGCAAUGCCUGACCUUCGAAACGGCCGAAGCCACGACGUGA